AGGUGACACAUAAUAUACACAUAUUUUAUAAACACUGUUCAGGUUGUGGUGAUACUCUCAACUUUGCAUUCUGCUUGCACAUUUCAUUAUUUUACAACCAAAAUUUAAUUUUUAGUUUCUUCUCUUUAAGGGUUUUUGGGUUCUAAUUUGCUGAGUACUACUAUGACUACUUCAAGGCGUGUAGCGGACAGGAAAGUUGCAAGGUUUGAAAGGAACAUUAGCAAGAAAGAAAAGAAAGGAUUUGCAUACCCUGUGGGUCCAAUUGUUCUUGGGUUCUUCAUCUUCGUUGUUGUUGGCUCAUCUCUGUUUCAGAUCAUUAGGACAGCUACCAGUCGUGGGACGGCCUAAGAAAGGAGGAGGAAUGUUUGUGAAGAGUUAUAUAUAUAGCAUAAUAAUAAUUAUUCACUUUAGAUCAGCAUUGUGUUGAUAGAGAGUGAAAUGAGAACUUAUCUUUCCUAAUAAAUCAAUAUUUUUAUUUAUUGAGCUGUGUGUUUCUCUAUUGA